AUGAUUCCACCCGAAACUAAAGAGGCUGAGAAGCCAGAAAGCGAUAAUAAUCUAGGUGAGAUUAUUCAUCAACCCAAUUCUAAUGAAAAUAUUGAAAAUGAGAAACAAGAAAGCGAAAUUCAAGUUUCAAACGUAGAUAUUAUAACAAAAGAUACAGAAAUCGAUGUAAAUCCAAAAGAAAAUGAACAAAUACAGUCUAAUAAUUGCGAAAAUAAAGAAGUUAGCAUCGAAAAAGAACAAGAAACUUCAAUAAUUUCAUCUCCUGAUAAUCAUAAAGAGAAUGAAAGCGAUAUUAAAGCCAGCGAAUGUACAUUAGAGAGUAAGCAUGAGCCUAAAAUAUUCGAGUCUUAUAUUACGUUAUUAAAUAAUCAGCAAAAGCAGAAAGAAGCUUGGGAUAAAAUGAUGAAAGAAAGACUUGAGCAUGCCUCCAACUGUGAUGAUUAUUACAAUAAAAUUCAGAAUUCUCCAAAACUUCAACUUUCAAAUGAAUCUUGCAAGCCUCAAGUGGCUCCAUUCCCAACUCUUCCUAGCUCUCAAGAAAUACUAGCACGUAUAAAAGCUACCGAAGAUGAAAUAAUAGUUCAAAAGCGAAAAUUACAAGAUUUGAUCAUUUCAAUACAACCAAAAGUUACAGAAUUCGGAUCUACCGAAGACGCACCUCCAGAGAUUGGGAUUCGCAACUGUUCUGGCGUAAUUAUUGGUAAAAAGGUGAUAGAUUCAAUAAUUUCAGCCAAUCGUGCAAAAGCAUCUAAAUCACACGAUAAAAGUAUAUUGCAUAACGAAAUUACAUCCAAAUAUAAAAGAAUUGGUGACUAUCCCCACUACUUUAUGGAUAAUACACAAUUUAUUGAGCCAAUGCUUGAACAUAUUGCAGAAAAUAAAGAGGAAGAAUAUGAAUACAACCAGAAAUUAACUCGAGAGUACAUAGAACGUAAAGAAAUAUGGGAUGAAAUGUCAGAUAAUUUGAAUACCUACCAUAAAGUACUCCAUGCAUCAAUAGAUGUCUGGCCACCAGAAUUCGCUGUGAAUCUACCUAAGGAAACCGAUCAUGAAAAGCUUUUAUCUGUUGUUGCUCCAGAUCAAAUCAUGUAUAACAGCCAAGAAGAGAAGGAAGCCUACUUGUACUACGAUGAAAAUAUGUUGGUCGAAGAUCCUGAACGCGCCCAUCAGCAAUUCAAAAAUAGACUUAAAUGGACCGACCACGAAAAGAAGAUUUUCAUGGAAAAAUAUGCUCUUCAUCCACGCGAAUUUAAGAAAAUCGCCAAUAGCUUGCCAGGAAAGAGUAUUAAGGAUGUUAUUGAAUAUUAUCACAUUUAUCGAAUUAAAAUAGACCUCAAGAAACUGGAAGUUGCUGCUAGGACCAAGGGAAGUAAGAGAAGAGUAAUUGCGGAAGGCUCAAGAAAAUAA